AUGGGACAGUUCUCCUCUACACAACGAAACUCAUCUAACACUGGCUUUUCGACGUAUUUUGCACGCUUCUCGACACAACGUGGCUCUAAUACCAGGAAUGAAGACAUGAACCACCGACAGAUGGCUGAAAACAACGGAGAGGGCGGGUUUGCGCCAGGGACAGACAUGAGCACACAUGAUAGGGGUAGUGAAGACAUGUCACCUGAACGGCCAAGCGAGCCAUCGGAAUCAUGGCAGCAGCCCACACGAUUCUCCGGUGGAUUUUCACAACCUAUGCGGAGUAUCGAAGAGGAGAAUGGGACCGAGUAUGAGCUUCCACCACGCGAAUAUCGUACUGCGGCAUUCGCUCGAAUGGCAGCACGAAGGCAAUCAACCAUGUCAAGGCUGGGCUCCAGGCUACUUCCCAAUUCAGUCAUCCGUGGGCUUCUCAACAGCCAGGAAGAGACCCCCGCGGAGGGACAUGCACAUCGAUACGGAAUAGUUCCUACACCCGUUCCACGAUCCGAGGCCGCUCACACCACCGGUCGUUUUAGUCCGUUCAAUUCACUCGGCUCUAGAGGAAUCACAAGACGGCGAUCUGCUCGCGCGCCAUAUUUCCUUCCUCCCCGCGCAGAGUCUGUUGGAGCGCCAGAUGCACCAUCGAAUUCGACAUAUGUUGAUUCCCCAUCUCAAAUACCCGAGCCAACCAGAGCAUCUUGGCGUCGCAGUGUUCGGCUACAACGCAUGCGCCAUUCUAUUUCUUCGCCCAUCUCUCACAUGUUCGGUCAGUCACACUCGGAUCUUCGGUCUGUUGAAUCUCCGGAGCAUCCAAUGUCGGAUCCAUUAUUUGAUGAUAGAGCCAUGGACACUCGUCUGGAUUACGGCGAACCGCCUCAUGAACUUGAUUCGGUGGAACCGGCUAUCCAAGUUGGAGGGCCAGUGACUGGUGCGUCUCCUGCCCCUCAGAGUCCUACUCUAAUGCGCCGAUUUCCCGGUAUCCUUCGGCCACGAUCAUCUAGAGCCUUGCGCCGAGAGGAGCAAACCCCUCUUGCGAGGGUUCUGCAACUGGCUGCGGCUGCGAUUGCAGCCCAGCUAUCUGGGACUACCGGUCCAGCAUUGCCCAAUAUCCAGGCAUUGGGCAACGAUGGUAUAGAUGGCACUCUAGAAAAUUUCAUCCAGAGUUUGCAACAUGCGACCUCUACUCAGGCCCCACCAACUGCCACAGGAGAGGGACCAAGCACGAUCCCAAACGAAGCCCCUUCGCAUCCUGUCAACUUCUUACGCGUGUUUCGAUUUGCAAAUUCAGAAACACCUGCGGGCCCUGGUGCCACAGGGCACACUGUGAGUGGGGUUGGCGACCGCGGGACUCAGACCGAUGGAAUGGAGAUUGAUGAGCCUGCAGAAGGCGAAGGACGAACAGUAACACUGGUUGUCGUUGGGGUCCGAUCGGUUCCUUCAGGGAAUGGAGGCAAUAGUGAACAGCCACCGUCUACAAGUCCCGGCCCCGGCCUAGAUGCCCUGCUUGGCCUCCCAUUUCUACCGGCAAACCCUAUCCCCAGGCCUCAAGAUGGUGCCAAUGAACCUACUCAACGGGGGGAUGAGCGGUCCAGAUUGCCCAUUCCUCGACAGCCAAUUGUAGGCUCCGAAUUCUCACGCCCACCUGUCCCCAAUACUUCCCGAAGAAUGUCUGAUACCGGACCCCGUGCUGCCUUCCCUUCCUACAAUCCCUCUGGUUUCUCCGAAAGCCCUCCAGGACCUCAUCCACCGCCAUCGACCCCAGCUGAGCAGGGAGUAUCUGCUUUGUCCUCUGGCACCUCAACCCCAAACCGUCGGCCAUCCUCUGCUUCAGCAAUUGCUCCAGAAGUUCUACCCUAUCUGCAUGAAGAUCGGACAAUGCAACCUACGUCGGAACCUGCGGAAGAGCCUCUGGUAUUCAACACUGCCCGUCAGCGACGCCGAAGUGAUUCUGAGUAUGCUCGUCACCGUGCACUUGGCUCCGGUGCUGUUCGACGCAAUGGCAUGGUGGAACCUGACCAACCUCCACCUACCGGAGGCCGCAGUUGGUUGAUUUAUGUGGUCGGAACCAAUCUGUCUGAAAAUCAUCCGGCUUUGACGACACCAAGCCUUUUCACCGAUAACCCGACCUACGAGGAUAUGAUCCUUCUUUCAUCACUGUUAGGCCCAGCCAAACCUCCCGUCGCCUCGCAGACUGAUGUUAAUUCCGCUGGCGGAGUGUUUCGUCUGGUUGAGUAUGCCGGCUCACUGGUUGCAGAAGCUGUGGAAGGCGCUGGCGCCAUUCAAAUUCAGGAUGGGGAGCGCUGCCUCAUCUGCUUGAGUGAUUAUGAGGUAGCCGAGGAAGUUCGGGAGCUCAGUAAAUGCAAGCACGUCUUCCAUAAGGAGUGCAUAGACCAGUGGUUAACCACCGGACGAAACUCUUGUCCUCUCUGCCGAGGUCAAGGCGUAAACGAAACGUCCAGCAAUGGCUCCAACGAAACCCCGGCACCCAAUCCUGCUUCUCCUCCUGCCCCAGAUAGCACAGCCGUCUGA